AUGGACCUCUACCUACCGGUUCACGGCUGGGUAUCGGUGUUUGUUUGCCUGUUUGGCAUUAUAGCCAACAUACUUAACAUUAUCGUUUUGACCAGUGUACAAAACUUAUUUCACCCACACAGAAAAGAAAUGAUUUCGCCAACAAAUGCCAUACUUACUGGACUGGCAGUUGCCGAUAUGCUUGUGAUGACCACAUACUUUCCGUACUCAAUACACAAUUUCAUACGCUAUGGACUGACCGAGAGCGAAAAAUAUAGCAAGGGUUGGGCUAUUUUUACCUUGAUACACGCACAUUCAUCCAUAGUAUCGCAUACCAUAUCGAUUUGGUUGACCGUAAUUCUGGCCGUUUGGCGGUAUAUAGCCGUCAGUUUUCCCACCGACAGUAAACAGUGGUGCAAUAUGUCUCGGGCCAAGUGUGUGAUCGUGUUCAUUUACGUGGCAUGUCCCAUAUUUUGUUUGCCCAACUAUCUCACAUUUACCAUCAACACUUACUAUGUGAACCACACCGAUAUGGACACGUAUACGUACAAGGUAUAUUAUAUACACGGCUUAAGCGCUAACAACUUUCAUCAACUGAUAUCAUACUUACAACAACACCGAUAUAUCUAA